AGCUUUCAAUCGCUGACUUCUUAAAUGCUCUCGAUGGUUGUCCAAAUUUCUGUCAGCAGUCACUUUUGGGACGGACUUGUAACUCGCAGGGCUGCUGCUGCCAGACAGUCUUUCCGGAUGUCCAAGUACAAAGUCUUUGUGAUGAGGCAUGGAGAAGGAGCCUGGACCAAAGAGAACCGCUUCUGCAGCUGGGUGGACCAGAGGCUGAGUGCGGACGGGGUCAAGGAGGCUUUGGCGUGCGGUCACCUCCUGAAGGAAGCAGGCUACCAGCUGGAUGUGGUAUUUACCUCCCUGCUCAGCCGAUCCAUCCACACAGCCUGGCUGUUGUUGGAAGCCAUGGGGCAGGAGUGGGUCCCCGUGGUCAGGACGUGGAGACUCAACGAGCGCCAUUAUGGUGCUCUGAUCGGGCUGAAUAGAGCUGAGAUGGCCCUAAACCACGGUGAGGAGCAGGUGAAACAGUGGAGGAGGAGCUAUGACCUCACGCCUCCCCCUAUCGAUGAAUCACACCCUUACUUCCUGGAGAUCUACAAUGACCGCCGGUAUUCUACCUGUGAUGUGUCUAAAGAGUUUCUUCCGAAGUCAGAGAGCCUGAAGGAUGUCUUAGAGAGGCUCCAGCCAUACUGGGACGGCACCAUUGUGCCGGAGAUCAAACGGGGGAAAUUGGUGCUCAUCUCUGGGCACGGGAAUAGCUGCAGGGCCCUGCUGAAACACCUGGAAGGUAUAUCAGAUGCUGAUAUCGUCAAUGUGACGUUACCCACUGGGACACCCAUUCUGAUUGAGCUGGAUGAGAACUUCCGGCCCACCAAACCCAUGCAGCUCCUGGGAGACCAGAAAGCCAUCCAGGCAGCCAUCAGGAAGGUGGAGGACCAGGGUAAGGUCAAACAAACAGCCUGAACAUAGUCAUUCUGGAUUGUAGAAUAUAGUCAACUGGAUUCUGAUCGUUUUCGAUGAUCAAUUCUUAAAACUAGCCAAAUUGACUAGAAUCUGUUUGGCUAGAUUAGAGAAUCUAAAAUGACUAGAAUCCAGAAUGACUAGACUCUUUCUGGAUUGUAGAAUCUAAUCAACUGGAUUAUAGUCAUUCUAGAUCCUGGAUUGUAGAAUUUAGUCAACUGGAUUCUAGUCAUUCUGAAUUGUAGUCAACUGACUGCAUAACUGUUAUGACUGGAUCCUAUUUGGUACAACGUGGAAACGAAACAAGAUAGUUUGUCCUUCUGUUAAGUGCUGUGCUUACUAGAUUUAACUUCUGUUUGCCAAGAUAAAACCCUCUCAAAGUUAACAUUUAACAUGAUAAUAGGCUGCUUUGAUUUGACCCUUGUAUUGAGGUUCUUUAGAAUUGAGGAAAUACUAAGAUGUGUCCCCAACAAAACCAUUUUUUGAAAGAUCUGUCCCACGUGUCUUCAUUGCCAAUAUUUUCUGUAGGACUUUUGCAAUGCGAUGUAGCUAGUUUUUCCAGGUGAAUUAUGACUGACAGAAUCCAGCAGGUGAUGAGCCAGCACUAACAAGCACAGGUUCAUUUAUUUAUCAAAACCCUUUUAAAAGCACCUUUAUAACAAAUAUUACCUCAGUGAGACCGACAGCCUGGCUAUUCUUUCCAAGACAGAGCGGUGAUUGUGUGAAGCUUUUUUUAGUAUAGAAUUGCUGUAAAUGUUGUUGAAACCAACGGGGCAAACUUGAUAAGAGCGCGUCUUCCAGUGGAGGCUACUGAGGGGAGGACGGCUCAUAACAAUGGCUGGAUCGGAGCUAAUGGGAUGGCAUCAAACACAUGGAAACCAUGGAAACCAUGUGUCUGGUGUAUUUUAUACCAUUCCACUCCAGCCAUAACCACGAACCCAUUCUCCCCCAUUAAGGUGCCACCAACUUCCUGUGAUGUCUUCUUAUAGGCUACAUGCUAGUUUGAGAGACUUUCAUAUGAAAUAACUGCAGGGUUUAUUCAUAAAAUACCUACAUUGACAUGUUGUAAUAAAGUCAGAUUAAUGAUUUGCUGUAUCAUUGUAUCAUUUAUUUCCAUUUUUACUGUUCAAAGGAAAAUAUCCCCAUCGUACCUUUUCUUCUCUACCCAACUUAUCAAUGUCAUUUUUUUGUGACUUUUAUUUCAUUUAGUGACGACAAACAAACAUUUGAGUUAACAAUUGACUAUGUUCAGUAUACUCUACACUGAACACCACUGCAUUUACAAUGUAGUACAGUGCUACUAAAGAUUGUACCUGAUGAGGGUACAAUUAUUAAUAUAGUGGCUUGUUUAAAAAAAAAAAAUGUCUGAUGCACAUGCUUAGACAAAUCCUCCCUUUUCCCACUUUAAAUCAUAUUUUCUUGUGGAACUUGAUAUAUUACAUUUCAGAGGUUGACGAUAACAAAAAUGACUGUGAAUUGAUGACCAAACAACCACUUGUUGUGAUUGUUACACAAUUUUUAUGCACUGUUAAUGUAGGGAAAAAUGAUUUGCUCCUUAUGAGUGUUGCACGGUGUGUUACAUCUGUUUGUGCAUGGUUUUAGGGGGCAUUUAUUGUGGUGCUUUUCUUUUUUACACAGGAGAGACAUGCAUGUAUGUGUGCCUCUUGUGGUGUUUGAAACAGUCUUUUUUUAAAUCCUCUAUCCAUCUGUCAUAACCACUAUCUUGGGUCAUUUAAGAAAAUGCUGACUCAUUUAGUUGAGCCCUAAAACUGUAAAUGUGUAAAUUUUAUAUUGAUACUGUAGUUCUGUAAUGUGUUAUACCCACAGUCAUCCUAAAUGGUGACGAUAGGAAGUAUUGGACUCGGUUUGAACAUUUUGACUUUUGAUGGUUUGCAUGGUGGAACUGAAAUAAAGGAACUGAAAACAUGCCCCAUUCAGUAACAGUA